CAACUGUACUGUAGUAGUACAGCGCACAGGCCACGCGUGCGCGUCCACCGAAACAGCGGCGGCGACGACGAGGCGAUCGAUUCCUGGACACUCGCGCCACGCCACCCCACUGUCCCUGCACGCUGCAGCUACCCCUACUCUACCACUGCCCUCUCCGGCAGGGAAGCGAGGAAGAGGCACGCACCACGAAGUCGCCACCUCGAUUUUUCCGGCGAACGACGCAAGAAUAACACCCCCCCCCCCCUUACCUACGGGGAUAGUGAUACGAUGGCGAUGGCGGCCGCUUCCGCCUCCGCCAUGGCGAGGCGGGCCGCUUCGUGGCCACGGCUCCUCCUCCUCUCCCGCGCCUUCGCCGCCGCCGCCGCUGAGCCGAAGCGGGUGCUCGUGCCGGUCGCGGACGGCACGGAGCCGGUGGAGGCGGCCGCCACCGCCGACGUGCUCAACCGCGCCGGCGCGCGGGUCACCGUCGCCACGGCUGACCCCGCGGGCGACGACCGUGGCCUCCUGGUGGAGGCCGCGUUCGGGGUCAAGCUCGUCGCCGACGGCCGCGUCGCCGACCUGGAAGGCGAGGCCUUUGACCUCAUCGCCCUACCCGGAGGAAUGCCGGGAUCAGCUAACCUCAGAGAUUGCAAGGUGCUGGAGAAGAUGGUCAAGAAGCAGGCAGAGCAGGGUGGCCUCUACGCCGCCAUCUGCGCCACGCCGGCGGUGACGCUGGCUCACUGGGGCUUGCUCAAAGGCUUAAAGGCGACUUGCUAUCCAUCAUUCAUGGAGAAGUUCACCGCUGAAAUUAUCCCUGUGAACUCUAGGGUGGUGGUAGAUAGAAAUGCAGUGACCAGCCAAGGGCCAGCAACAGCAAUUGAAUAUGCUCUCGCUUUGGUGGAGCAACUGUACGGCAAAGAGAAGUCGGAGGAGGUUGCAGGACCCUUGUAUGUUCGUCCUCAACCUGGGGUUGACUAUGUCAUAGAUGAGUUCAAUUCAGUUGAGUGGAAAUGCAGUGGUACACCUCAGGUUCUUGUGCCAGUUGCUAAUGGUUCGGAGGAAAUGGAAGCUCUUAAUUUAAUAGAUAUCUUGCGUAGAGCAGGAGCAAAUGUUACUGUUGCAUCAGUUGAGGAUAAGUUGCAAGUUGUGACCCGCCGCCACAAAUUUAACCUGAUAGCUGAUAUUAUGGUGGAAGAAGCUGCCAAAAGGGAAUUCGAUCUGAUUGUCAUGCCGGGUGGUCUGCCAGGUGCUCAAAAGCUUUCUAGUACAAAGGUACUUGUAGAUUUACUAAAGAAACAGGCAGAAUCUAAUAAACCAUAUGGUGCAAUAUGCGCUUCUCCUGCUUAUGUUCUCGAGCCCCAUGGUUUACUGAAGGGGAAGAAGGCAACAUCAUUUCCACCAAUGGCACACCUGCUUACUGAUCAGAGUGCAUGUGACAGUAGGGUGGUUGUUGAUGGUAACCUUAUCACUAGCAAAGCCCCAGGCUCCGCGACAGAGUUCGCGCUAGCCAUUGUUGAGAAGCUGUUUGGUCGAGAGAAAGCGGUCAGUAUAGCGAAGGAGUUGAUUUUUAUGUGAUUAUACACUUGGGCAUUUAUGCAUCAGGUGCCUGUCACCUGUGAGUGAUGCUUCUGUGAAUAACUACUUAUGCUGCUUUCCUAGGAAUGCAUAAUAUAAGCCUAUAGCAGCAUGUGGCAAUCCAUGUGAAUGAGGAAUAAAUGUACAUUAUGAGUAUCAUGUGUAAAGAGUCGUCGUUGUUAGAUUUCGGUGAGUUUACGCUGUCUUACAGUUACCUGGAUAGAUCUUGACUCUUGUUUCUGAGGCCCAAGGCUUGCAGAAAAAUGGCAUGGCAAUGUUUAGUUCUCAAAGGCACAGGAUCUGAAUCCUAUCAUGUGGAACUAAUACGAUCUGAGAUAGAGGGACUGCAUUGAGAACCUGUUUGAUGGAUAGAAAGAAAGGAACCUGUUGAGACUUUGGAAUCUGUUGCAUCAAUCUUUUCGAAUGUUUAGCAAAAUACUUUCUAUUAUGAUUGUCACUUUCACAUCAUCAUCAGGAGGACUAAUGUGUGAUUGAAACGACAUGAGUGUAAUGCACUAGGAAAGUGCAUCUUUCUGUGUCUUGAAAACGAAAAUUGUGCCAUGACAUAGUAAUUCUGUGCCUUUUUUUGGCUCUCAAUGCAUUA